AGAAAACAAAAGCAUAAAUUUGCUCGUUUUUCGCAAACAAAAUGUCCAAAAUCUAAUUGAUGGAUCGGUCCAAGAAUCAACCAAAACGUCCAAUAGUUAAGGGCAAAGGGCAUGCUCCUCCAGGAGACUUUAUUGCUCUAGGUUCAAAACCCAGAAGUGGAUCUGAUCCGUUGACUGAGCGACAUGGACCAGUACCGUCUCAAAAGAAGUCUUUGCCCUCAACUUCGGGCGGGCUGGAGAGGAAGCGUGAAGCACCAACGCCACCUCUAGGAGCAAGCCUUGUCAAGAAACCCAAGUUGCUUGGCACCAGCCAAGUAUUCACUCCGCUUGGCCGACCAGCCGAUCCUGAGAGAAGGGCAUCACCAGCCCCUCAACAGCUGCAACAAUAUGAGGAAAUUGCUGUUGAUUUUGAGCCAGCUGAGUUGAUCGAGUCCAUCUACGGAGCUGAGGAUGCUGGUGAUGAUGAUAAGCUGGAAGGGCUCAUCUGUGGUGCUGUGCGUUACCUAAGGGCCAACAGAGCCAAGCCCGAGACCACCAUGUAUCUCAGUCUCAUGUAUCUUGCUAAAACAAAACAGGCCUUGUUUGACAGUGAUAUCAUAAUCGAGGCGAUGUGUAGUCUGCUGAAGCGAGAUGUUGCCAUCAACUUCAAGUCCAAAGGAAAUGCACUUGUGUCCGUACUGACUUGUAAUAUUCUCAUGGUAGCCUUCCAAGAUGAAGAAAAUUGGCCUGAUCAGUUCCUCAAGGUAUAUUUGGAGGACUCUCUUGGUGAAAGAGUUUGGGUUGACCGAGAAGACUGCAAGGGCUUUGUAGAGAAUAUCCAGUCAGCUUUCAACACAAAAAUGCCCCCAAAGUCAAGUCUUGUUGGAGACUUACCGAAGGCUAUGGAAGUAGCAAGUGCUAGCCCCGGGCACUAUACCUCAGAUGACGACCGUAGUCAAGAUGGUGCAGAGUCCAUGAUGAGACAAGGAGGUUCCAUAUCCGAUGAACUUAACGUUCCAGUGUUUCCAAGGUACACCUACCAGCAGACGAACAUCGAGACGUUUGUGAUUGACACCAUCAAAGAUCAGCUAACAAGAAGACAGGGGAUUGAUACGGCAUCUCGGAACUUGUUGAAGCUGAUCGCAGCCACUUGUGGAUACCCAGAAAUUAGAUCCCUGGCUGUGCAACGGCUUGAGAUGUGGCUGCAAAAUCCAAAGUUGACUCGGCCAGCCCAGGACUUGCUGCUAUCCAUCUGCCUCAACUGUAACCAGCAUAGUCAAGUCGAUGUGGACAUUAUGGCUGCGCUCAUCAAGAUUCGUCUGAAAACCAAACCGCUUAUUAACCAGUACAUGGCUAGUAUCAGAGAGCUUUUGAGCCAACACUCAGACAAUACGAGGACACUGUUAACCCACAUCGUCUAUAAUGAAUUAUCGACGGCGAGAAAUCCAAACAAUAUGUCACUCAUAGCUGUCAUUUUACAGCAUUCGCCAGAGUCCUCAGCUAGGCUCUUGGCCGAAAUAUUCCAAGAUUUCUUGUGCAAUAAGGAUGACUAUUUACGUGCGUUACGUGCGCUGCUGAGAGAAAUAGUUCGAUCUGUCAAGUAUGACAUGAACUUUUCUGCAUUUGCCCUCGGAUUGAUGCAGGAGAGAAUUGAGGCCAAACUAACUGAUCUAGAUUCAGCUGUCAAGGAUCGUGUUCUAUUGUCAUCGGCCGACUUGAUCACCUUGACAGGUCUGAUGAGUGUCACGCCUGCAGUGAGAGAGGCUGUCAACAGCUUCGAUCGGGGUGAUUUUAAGGAUAUUGAAGUGUUGAAGACAUUUCAGAAUCAGAUGGCUGUCAUUCAGCGGGACUCCGUCUGGUGGCUCCACACUUUUGUUCCAAAGGUUUUUGAACUCAAACCCAAUGACUAUGCUCACUGCCUUCAUAAACUGUUGUUCCUGGAGAAAGCUGAACAUUACUACAACAAGGAUAACUGGCCACCAGAGGGGGACAGAACUAUGUUGUUACGUAUCGCCUCGGAGGUGCCUGUCCACGAGGAUACCCUCAUGCGCCUCCUGAUUAUUGGGUUAUCAAGGGAGCUACCGAUUAGCAAUGUGGAUGCUAUCGAAUUAGCUGAUCGACUUAUCAAGAGGGCUGCUGCUCUUCAAGAUGAAGGUUUCCCAGUGCUACAGGUGGAAAGACUUGAAUUGAUUGAUGCCUUAUUGAACCUGUCCACCUACCAUCAUCCUGAAAACAUUACCUUACCGAAAGGUUACCAGCCACCAAUGUUAGCCAUCACCAACCUAUACUGGAAAGCUUGGAACAUGCUACUGAUUCUCGCUGCAUUUAACCCGGUCUCGUUUGGUUAUGCAGCCUGGGAAACUUACCCAACAUUAAAGUACAUGAUGGAGAUGGUUAUGACUAACAACUACAAGUUCCCACCCCCAACAACUGCAACUGAUGAAAAUUUGAUUGAAGAAAUAACAAAUAGAGAGAAGCAGAUUCAGCAAACUGAGAAGCAAGAGAUCCUCGAGUUUGAAGGUCACUUGGCCGCGGCGAGUCGUCCAGUUGUGACCAUUACAGAGAGUAACAGUCUGCUCAUCACUCAGCUCAUGAAGAUGGAACCCAACGGUCCAGCACGACGUCCUCCAACCCAGGUUCUAGAUCAGCUGAAGACAGUGAACAAGUCACUGCGCAUUGGUCACAUGUUGUGUCGCAGCAGAAGUCCCGACUUCCUAAUGGACGUCAUUCAAAGACAGGGCACUUCCUCGUCGAUGCCGUGGCUGGCCGAGUUGGUUGAAUCGAGUGAUGGUUCAUUGGAUGUGCUCCCUGUCCAGUGUCUGUGCGAGUUCCUCCUACACGAGAGCCCUGAUCUGUUCUCAGCACAGGAGGAAGAUGAUGAGUCAAAUGCUCAGAAAUACAAGAAGAAACAAAAAGUGAAGAAGCAGGAGCAACUGUUGUCAAGGUUACAGAAGCUGCUUUACGAUGGCGACGCUAACUAUCAAACAAGUGUCGAGGUCAUCGACUACUUCUUGAAGAGGCUUGGCAACCAACAGUCUUCAUCCCGAGCUCUUGCUGUCAAGGGCCUCUCCAUGGUUCUGUCGCGCUCCCACCUGGAUUCGGGUGAGGGUAUGGUGUGUGAUAAUGUCGGCCUGAUGAUACCCACGCACCAAUGGCUACUCACUCAACUCCCUGUUAUACCACACUUUGAUAUGGUCAGGUCGAAAGUUUGCAAUGCUCUCAGACAGGCCUGUCAGAUGGAGACGGAUGUUAGUGCUGUGUCAGCUUACAUUGUAUUCCUAUCAGAACAUGGUUCGUCAGAACAACUCCAUGAGGUAGCUGAUAUUGCCCUGGAUUUGUCUCAGUUGAUUGUCGAGCGAUCGUCAGUGAUGGCACAAGUCAUGCCCCAGGAUGAUGUGCAGAACAGCCCACGUGCCGACCUAGUGUUGGCAUCUCUCAUCAACUUCUUCAUCAAGUACUUGCGCUGGGCGAAGGAGCCAGAAAAGGAAGCAUACUCUUGGUCUGACAGUCAAGAUCAAAUCCUCUUGAAGUGGACAACUGGAGAAUCGGCGACUCUCCACAUUCUGGUGGUGCAUGCCAUGAUCAUACUCCUAACGUAUGGUAGUCCGAAAGGUAGCGAAAAAGCUACGAGUGAGUUCCAGGAAUUAUCCGAUAACUGGUUUCCACCGGAUGGCCCUUCACCUGCUGCGUACCUCGUCGACACGUCGGAGGAAGCACUGCUGCUUCCUGAUUGGUUGAAAUUACGUAUGAUAAGGUCGAAAGUUCAGACUCUUGUUGAUGCAGCUCUUGUUGACCUUGAGCCCGCCCAGCUUCUCUUGUUUGUGCAGUCGUUUGGCAUUCCAGUGGAAAGCAUGAAAAAGUUACUCCAGUGCCUAGACAAGGCCGUCACCACGGACAUGUACAGUCUCGAGCAACACAUCGUAGAUAAACAGUACAUGGCUCAACUUGUUGAGGUGCAGCACCUGAGGGGAGCCAAGGGCGGCGACAACUUCUACAAAAUGCUAACUGAUGGAGAGGAGAAACCAAAAACAGAUGAUACGAGGGGUCGUUCUCCCGAACCGAGGAAGGAGAAAUCGCCAAUUAGUCUCAUGUACACUCAAGAUGACUGGUCGAACAAGUAUCGUAGACCAGGCCAUAUCACUGCAGCACUCAAAAGGAUGUUCCAAGAUGAAUCACUUAGCACUACUGACAGGGAACAGAUGUACAAAUCACUUCAGAAGGCUGUUAUGAAGAAUACCAAGUUAUCUGUAGCUGCCAUUGAAUGCUUAGAACAGAUUUUCAGUUCGAGAGAUGCUGACAACUUCAUCAAGGCCAUGUUCAGGUUUUCUGAUCUGUCGUGUCCACUGUUACGCAUCUUGCUGGCUAAACAGAGGAAGUCAACUGGCCGGGUUGACACCAUCAUGGCGUGGAUUCUGGAUCGGGCCACAGACUCCAAGUCCCCUCUAACCUUGCUAGCAAAGCAACAUUUUACCACCGGGAAACCAUCAAAAGCGUUGAAGACAAUCCCAGGCAAACUCAUGAAUGGUGAUCAACUGAAUCAGGAGAAAUUUAUUGCAGCUGUGGAUAACAUGGACAUCAAGUGCCAUUCUAAACUUGAGGAGCUGGUUAAUCUCUCCAUGAAAGAGGGUCUAAGGAAAGAUGUUCGCAAGGCACAGUUGUGCUCCACAUUCUUAGUGGAUAAAGACAGAGGAAGAAAGAUGAGUGCCUCGGCUGCCGGUCUCUUCAUAGACUGGUUAGAACUGCUUGACCCAGAGAUUAUCGAGGCUUGCCCAAGUAUCGUACAGACGCUGGUGUUUGCUAAACAAGAAACGAAGGACGCGAAGAAUCAGACGUCGCACCAGCCGUAUCUUUUGGCAUUGUUGACACAUCAGAGCAGCUGGAGCUCACUCCACAGCUGUGUACGGUCCUUGCUCAAGACGGAUGCUGACAAGGGAUGGUAUGAGAGUAGUGCUGUGUUGGAUUUCCUGUGGGCGUGUAUUCAUAUACCCAAGAUAUGGCAAGGAAGAGAGAGAAGUCUUCCAAAGCAUCAUAAACUUGAAGAUGUGUUCAAUCUGACAACUGAUCAGCUCUGUUGCAUCGUGGACCAUGUGAUUACUGAAGCCUGGGAGAUGUCUGAUGGCAAAUGUAGCGAAUCUGCGCUAGAGUGUCUCGAGUGGCGUGUCCAGCUGUUAGAGAAAUGCUGCUGUAACUAUAGGAGUAGAAUCGUCACAGUUAUACAGCAUAUAUGCAAUCAGGUCAAAAAGCAAAGCCCCAAAUCCAGUCUCUGCCAGCAUUUGGUUCUUGAGGUAUACUUCCACUACCCAUAUUCGUAUCAUUGGGUCAGUGAUCUUAAUUUCAUCCUGAAGGACAUUCAGACAGCUCAAGAUUGUGGUGCGAGCAAGCUGGAUGGCAUCUCUCAUCGCCUGUUGACCAGUCUCUCUGAGGCCAAACACGGAUCGAGGUCCGAGAAUAGAAUGUACGAUGCCAACAUUGCUUGUCGGAAAAUGGCGACAGAACACCCUAUUCUACUUCUCAGGCAGUUACCUAUGAUGGCUGCUCUCCUAAAAGGUCGCACCCAUUUCACCAUUGGGGAAUUCCGGCACAAGAAUCAUCACAUUCUCUUCACCCAUGUGUUGGGCAUUCUCGAGCUCCUGAUGCCACAGGUGUUCCAAAAAGAGUACACUUCCCUUGGAGAUAUCAUUGAGGCAUAUUUCGCAGCGAUUGGGAACUAUGGUUUCCAGAAUCCUUUACUGAUGCCACUCAUCAACAAGUUCAUCCACUUCAUUCAUCAGUUCACCGCCCAUGAUCCAGUCAGAGCUACAAAGAUAUUACAUAAUCACGUGGAACUCCUCAAUGCUCUGACCAACUUACUACCAGAUUUCUCUAUACUGAAGAGCCUGCUCGCCGGCUUGUCCUUGCCAAGACAGGAAGCUGAGGGACCAGAGAACCCUCUUGAGGCAGGACCGGUACUGCUACCGACACGCUCCUCAUCCCCUUGGACGAUGGCCGAGUUGAAUCCAUUUUUGGUCAAGAUAGGAAAAGACAGAUCUGAAGAAGACAUUACUGAGGUCCUUGAAGAUUUAGACAACACUGCCAAGCGAAAGGUGGAAAUUUUGGAGCAUUUUCUGGGUGAUUUAAAGAGGUUGAUCUACCACAACAAUGAGAGGAUUAGGAACAUAGCCUUCAUGUUGGUGAUGAGGCACGUCAGGUCAAACCCAAGCUCGUGUGGCCAGUUUGUUCCUUCCUAUAUCAAGUGUUUGGAGAGUGAGAACCAUGAAGUUAUCGAUUCAGCUCUUCGACAUCUGCCGGAAUUCUCUCUGCUUGGACAAGAGCAUGCAAGUACUAUUCUACAAAAGGCCUUCUCAGCCGGAAUCUCCUCCAAAAUUGACAUGGGAUCUCAUAUUACCGAUGCUAUACAACUGCUUAACAUGGAGACCAUGUUACAGUAAAGGACAGACUGGUCUAUGCACUUUAUUAAGCACAUCUGGUAUACAGGGUGGCCCAGAAUUAUUUUCCCUGUGUCCCAUGAUUUGGAAACAGAUUAUUGUACAGCUUACAUGUAAAAUGUACAGUACUCUGUUUCCAAAUCAUGUGACAUAGGGGAAAUAAUUCUGAGCCACCCUGUAGUUUGUCAGAAGUGAUUGUUAUGAGAGUUGGAAAAAAUGAUCGCAAAGCUGAAGCUAGCAACAUUUUUCUGUAAUAAUGUUCAUCCGGAUCAAUGUAAUAUUUGGUUGGCAUCAGAAAAGAAAAUCAUGUUGAAUCCUUACACAUUGUGUAUGCUUAAUGUAUUUU